ACCUUCGUCGCGUUGCCACCACCACCACCACCCCAACAACCAUGAAGAUACCCCUGCUCACGCACUACGCGCCCCUGCUGCUCAGCUACCUCCUGCCGUCCGAGGACGUGCCUGCGCCGGCGCCGCAAACCGUCACCUUUGGCGCGCGGCACGCGUUCGCGCAGGGCAGCUCGCCGCUCGCCCGAGCGACCAAGCACGCGCCCGCGCUCCUCCUGCAGGACGCUGGGCCGUCCGCGUCCCUCUUCGCCGCCGCCGAUGCCGAGGCCAGCGAGCCGCUCACCCUGCGCACGCGGCGCACGCUCAUCCGCCGCGCAAAGCACCGCGCGCCACACAUGCUCUCGUGGGCCAAGGCCGCCAAGGCGCAGCGCCUCGGUCUGCAGGCGGCGAACUACUCUGGCUGGUCGGCGCCGAGCUUCGCUCCCGAUGACGAUACCUGGGAAGACGUCGAGAUCGACGCGCCAGACAUGAGCGACCGCCAGACGGUGCUCGCGCUCGCCAAGCUCGCGGCAAACGCGUACUCUGUCCCCCAGAGCGACGGGUGGUACGAGCUGCCGGGGUACAAUGCCACUGUGCCGUUCGGCUGGGCGCCGGACGACGACGGGCUGCGCGGGCAUGUCUUUGCGGACGAGACAAACUCGACAGUCAUCAUCGCCAUCAAGGGCACGUCGGCGGGCGUGCUGGGCUCGGGCGGCCCAACGUCCAAGAACGACAAGUUUAAUGACAACCUCAUGUUCUCGUGCUGCUGUGCCCGCGUCGACUUCUCCUGGUCUACCGUGUGCGACUGCCACGCUGGAGGGUACAAGUGCAAGCAGAGCUGCCUCGAGGACGCGCUGAUCGAGGAGAGCGUGUACGCGACGGUCGGGACGAACCUGUACAACAACGUGACAUACCUGUACCCCAACGCGAACAUCUGGCUCACGGGCCACUCGCUCGGCGGCGGGCUCGCCGCGCUGAUCGGCAACGCGUUCGGCGCGCCAGCCGUCGGGUUCGAGGCGCCAGGCGACCGCCUCCCGUCGCGCAGGCUCCACCUGCCCGGCCCGCCAGCCAUCAGCCCCGAGCUCUCGGGCAUCACGCACGUGUACCACACUGCCGACCCGAUCCCGAUGGGCGCGUGCACGGGCACGUACAGCGGGUGCUAUGCGGCCGGGUUCGCGCUCGAGUCCAAGUGCCAUGUCGGCCAGACGAUCCUCUACGACACGGUGACCGUCAAGGGCUGGUCGGUCGACAUUCGCACCCACCGCAUAUCAGAGGUCAUCGGCAAGGUUCUUACGGACCCCUGGCCUGUCGGCGAUGAGGGGUGGGACGGCGAGGACGAGGAUGACGAGGAGGACGGCUGGCUUGCCUGGUGGGGAUGGGGAAGAAAGGGCAAGAAGGGCGACAAGGACAAGGGCGGCAAGGACAAGCAUGGCGGCGUGCCCAAGGCCCGUCCCGACCUCGACUGUGUCGACUGCUACAAGUGGGAGUUUGCCGACUCGUUUGAUUAGAAGCAGAGGAAGAAAGAGUGGAGUGUAGUUGAUUUGUGUUGUCAUGUGUGCAGCCUGGCGCCCGCCCGCACGCCGCUGCUGUUGUACGCGUUUUGUAUGCAUCGUAGCCUGAGAGAGAGAUUAUGCAGGUUUCAAGAAGCACAAGAGA